CAUGAUAUCCGCAUUAUCGAUACGCUGUGGUUACUAAAAAAAAUGGACACGAUAACAUGCUAAACAUAUGGUUAAAAGAUUCCAGGUAGAUACUGAACAACUUACAAGUUUGUCCAACUCUAGAUGCCUCACAAAGAGCGCUUUGUGUCCAGAGAGAUCUCCUGUAGGACCGCAGAAGAAGAAGAAGAAGAAGAAGAAGAUGUUGAGGCGAAAGCCUUCCAAUGCCUCUGAGAAGGAGCAGGUGCAGAAGAAGAAGCUCACUCUGCAGAGGUCCAACAGCUUCAAGGAUUUUAUGAAGCACAAACCCACCUCCCCUGUGUCAGAGAAGGAGUUUACCUUGGAGGAGAAUGUGGCAGAGGGUGUAACGGAAGAAGAAGUCGUGAAAAGUGGCAGCAAACUGGGAAAGAAAUGGCGCAACGUCAUCUCGCGUACCAUGACCCGCAAAACAUCCAAGAUGGUGCAGAAGGCUCUGGCUGAAGAGGGGGGUGAGAGUGGUGAGGAACUGUCUCCGGUCUCUUCUGAUUGGCUUCCAGAUCUGCUUGCAGGACAGAGGACGUCUGUGUGCUCCACGGGGUCAGAGGACACUGCACCCAGCCCCAUCGCCCACCAGCUCUCAGGCAGUAGCGACAGACAGAGCCUGGACAGCGGAUACUGCCAGAGGGACAGCAUGAGGCUGGAGGAGAACGGCGUCUCUUACAACGGACCUUUCUGUGGUCGCGCUCUGGUCCACACGGACUUCAUUCCCAGCCCCUACGACGUGGAGUCGCUCAAACUCCAGAAAGGAGACAUCAUCUACAUCAUCGAGAAGCCUCCUGUGGGGACCUGGACGGGGAAGCUCAACAACAAAAUGGGCUCCUUUAAGUUCAUCUACGUCAACCUGCUGCCCGAAGAGAGCCCCCCAACCCGGAGGAGAUGCUGCUACAGCAAGAACCGCCAAUCCAAAUCCAAACCCAGUACCCUGGAGGAGGUUCUGGACGGCAUCGGUCUCAUUGAGCUGAGUUCUCUGCUGUCCAUGCAUGGCUUUCAGAACCUGGAGGACUUUGCAGGACUGAAGGAGUCUCACCUCAACGAGCUGAACAUCACAGACCCAGACGCCCGCUCCAAGAUCCUGAAUGCCUCUGAACUGCUGAGAGACUCUGAAGACGAGUCAGAGCCAGAGGAGGAGAACGCCAAGGAGCCGAGAGACUCUGGCUGUUUCGAGAGCUCGGAGAACCUGGAGAGCGGACGUGAGGAGCCGAAGACGCAGGACAAAGCAUCAGAGGAGCAGACGAACCAGGAGGAGGCCAAGAAACAUGAGCAGCUGGACGCUCUGCAGGAGCUGACGCUGGACGAAGGAUCCUGAGGAGUGAUGGAAAAAUACUUGUUUUAUUCCUGGUUCUCAGGGACUCUGUGGACGGAGGUGUAACGCCAUUAAAAUGUCUCUUUAUUAGAGAAGAGCGGACCGGUGAUAGGAACAAAAUGUAAUGUUCAAAUACCGUAUGAACAUGAUGGUUUUCCACAGUUUGCUUGCGCUGUUGAGCGAGACGCAUCUCUCUUCGUCUGCCACAGCAGAGUACGCUGUUUAAAUGAACAUGUUGUGUUGUUGUUGUUUCCUCCUGAGGAUAUCAUGUAUGGUGCAACUAAAGCAUUUAAAAGUCUUCUAUCCCUUCAUUAUGACCCCGUCUUUAAUCUUUCGUGUCAUACAAAUAUGAAUGUAAAAUAUUUUCUGAAAUUUUUCAUGCGACUUGAAUUUCAUUGUAACUUUCAGUAGUUUUCUUUUAUUUGUGUGGUGUGAGGUACUUUUCACUGAUUUAUGUCACGUUAUGAGGAAUUUAACAGUUGCUGUAAAUAGGAUUUCAAUAAAAACAUAACUCACUGAGAUGUU